AUCCCCUCGGGAGCAAGAGCCAAGACUUCCUCCGUACCAGCCACACGCUACCCUCCACCCACCACCAUGGUGCACUGGUCAGCCGAAGAGAAGCAGCUCAUCACCGGCCUCUGGGGCAAGGUCAAUGUGGCCGAUUGCGGUGCCGAGGACCCGCGAUUGCGGUGCCGAGGCCCUGGCCAGGCUGCUGAUCGUCUACCCCUGGACCCAGAGGUUCUUCGCUUCCUUCGGAAACCUCUCCAGCCCCACCGCCAUCCUCGGCAACCCCAUGGUCCGUGCUCAUGGCAAGAAAGUGCUCACCUCCUUCGGGGAAGCCGUCAAGAACCUGGACAACAUCAAGAACACCUUCGCCCAGCUGUCCGAGCUGCACUGCGACAAGCUGCACGUGGACCCCGAGAACUUCAGGCUCCUGGGUGACAUCCUGAUCAUCGUCCUGGCUGCCCACUUCGCCAAGGAUUUCACUCCCGACUGCCAGGCUGCCUGGCAAAAGCUGGUCCGCGUGGUCGCUCACGCUCUGGCCCGCAAGUACCACUAAAGCGGCAGCAGGAAAGCCCCGGCAGCAUCCUCCAGCUGCAUGUCGUGCACCGUCUGACAUGCUGCUCUGGAGCUGACAGCUUCUAACAGUCAAAUAAAGCUCACCCUGUGAAG